AUGACACUUCCUGACAAAAUGAGCGGAGUCGUUCUUACCGGCCAUGGCGGUCCCGAAGUACUCGAGUGGCGCGACGAUCUGAUCGUGCCAACACCUGGGCCGGGAGACGUUCUCGUCAAGGUCAGUGCGGCAGGCGUCAACAAUACGGAUAUCAACACCCGUAUCGGCUGGUAUUCGAAGGGUGACAAUGAUGCGGAGGACGCGGCCUGGACGGGGGUGGCGCUGAAGCUUCCGCUCAUCCAGGGGGCUGAUGCAUGCGGGACCAUCGUCGCCGUUGGUAAGGGUAUCGACCCGUCGCGGAUCGGCGACCGUGUCCUGAUUGAACCGUGUCUGGUUGAAGCGGACGGAAAGAUGCUUGCCUCGCCAUGGUACUUCGGAUCUGAGUGCAAUGGUGGCUUUGCAGAAUUCACGAAGGUUGCGGGGCGGCACGCCCAUGCGAUUGACUGUGGCCUGUCCGAUGCAGAACUGGCUUCUUUCCCCUGCUCCUACUCAACAGCAGAAAACAUGCUAGAGCGGACGCGGGUAAAAGCUGGCGACACGGUCCUUGUCACCGGAGGCUCCGGAGGCGUUGGCUCGGCAACCAUACAGCUUGCACGUGCGCGCGGAGCGAGCGUCAUCGCCGUCACAAGCCCUUCGAAAGCCAAGACCCUGCAACAACUUGGCGCAGAGCGGACGCUGAACCGCGAUGCCGACUACGCCGAAACGCUCGGUGUCAAUUCAGUGGACGUAGUGAUCGAUCUCGUUGCGGGCGACAAAUGGCCGUCCCUUCUGGAUGUCAUGAAGCCUGGUGGUCGAUAUGCAGUUGCAGGUGCCAUUGGAGGCCCGAUCGUCGAGCUGGAUGUUCGAACGGUGUAUCUGAAGGAUCUGAGCUUCUUCGGCUGCACUGUCCUCGAACCGCAGGUGUUCGGAAAUCUGGUGAAGAGGAUCGAAAGCGACGAAAUCAAGCCACUUGUCGCGGAAACCUAUCCGCUGCGAGACAUCGGCGCCGCGCAAAAGGCCUUCGGUGAAAAAGGUCAUGUCGGAAAGAUCGUUCUGAAGGUGGGUUGA